AUGGGAGAUCCAAUCCGGCUUGUAGAAGAGACAGACGAACUUCAUUACAGUAUUUCAGCCUUCGACCGAUGGCGCCGUCCGUCGCCGCCACAGGCGCGUCGCCUGCACCGUCAGAGGGCACCCAAACAGGGCACCCAAACACCGCCCGGCGCACGACAGGAAACUCCUUGGCGUCGCUAUUACAAGCCAACAUUCCCGCCGGAUAAUAAGUACAUUGCAACUGCUGACGACCUGAAUAAAAUCCUACUUCUUGAGAGAAAGACCGGUGUCAUCUAUCACCAUUUGGAAGGCCAAACAAAGGUAAUUAAAAAUAUCACCUCCUCCUCGAAUAGCCGAUUGUUGGCAUCCUGUGGAUAUGACAACACGGUUCGUUUAUGGGGUAUUGAGCCUGGGGUGCCAGCCACCAACCUCAUCUCAGACCACCACGCCCGUUUUAUUGCAAGUGUUGAGUUUUCACCAGACUGCUCUCUUGUUGCGACGGGAGGAGAGGAUUCCAAGGCCAAGGUCUGGGAUGCAGCAACUGGUCAACUUGUUAGAACGACGGAAGAAAUGCCCUACUGGAUUGGCAAAGCGAGAAUCACUCCGAAUAGCGAACUAUUGGCAUUGGGCUGUGAUGAUGGGAGCGUAUCGCUACUGAAAAUUCAAACUGGAUAUUCAAUUGUGGCACUGGAUGCAAAAAAACAUCAUGAUGGUUCCGACUCGCCCAUCCAGGAUAUUCAGUUCUCCCAUAGCGGCAGGCUUGUCGUCGCAAGCUCAAAUGAAAAUAGAGGGAAAGGUAUGGAGCACAGAGACUAG